UACUAUACACUAUGUUAGUGCUCAAGGAUAAGAGCAGCUUCCUGGAAAGCAUUUCCAAUUUACCUUUUCCACACUAUAUAAUGCAUCACAUACAACAACUCAAACUCAAACCAACACAUUAAAAAUAUUCUUUAAUCUCAAUUUCAUCUCUCUAUUUUGAGCUACAAACAUAACAAGAUAGAUUCUUACUCUCCAUUUUCAAUGGAUCCAUCGAAAACACCUGCAUAUGCAAACUUCAGUUGUGAACUGAGAAUAAUUCAAGCACGAAACAUUGAAUUCAUCAAGUCGGCAAAAAAUAUGUUUGCAAGGCUGUAUCUUCCAACAGGAAACAACAAAAGUAUUCAACUCAAUAGCAAAAAAAUUUCAACCAAAUCCGUACCUUUUUGGGACGAGUCUUUUAAUCUAGAUUGUUCUUGCCCCCAAGAAUUCUUGGAAAAUCUUAACCAACAAAACCUAGUGUUGGAGCUAAGGCAAAGGAAGAUAUGGGGGUCACAACUUAUUGGAAAAGGUGAGAUUCCAUGGAAAGUGAUUCUUGAAUCACAAAACAUGGAGUUAAAAAAAUGGUUGAAGAUAUAUUUAGUGAGUGGAAGUGAUUGCAAAGAGGCUAUGUUCCCAACACCAGAAGUGGAAGUGGAAAUUAAAAUAAGAGUGACUUCGGUUGCUGAGAUGGAAAAGAAGAAUAAGAGAAGGUUGAAUAAUUGGAAUGAGUGUGGAUGCAAGAAUGGCCAUGAUCAUCACGCUUGGUGCAGCGCUGAAGAUUGUGAUAUAUUCGUGCUUGGCGCAGCUUUGGAGGCUUUUUGAUUUUAAUGCAAGACCGUGCAAUGCAUAUAUGUACUAACACCAACUAAUUAUAACUUACCAUUAUAAUAUACAAUUGAUUGAUUCUAUAUAAUUUGAGUUUCCUUUCUU